AUGUAUAAGUCGAUUGUUCAGUGGGCCGCGACAUAUUGGAGCAGGCUCCUUCUUCUAACCGUCCCAUUUGGCAUCGCCGCAUCGAAAUUGGGUUUCAGUCACUCGACUGUCUUCAUACUAAACUGCAUAGCCAUCAUUCCACUUGCCGAUGUGCUAUGUCGAGCAACCGAUGAUGCCUCAUCAUUCCUUGGGGAGACGUCCGGGGCGUUGUUGAACAUUACGAUGGGUAACGUAACUGAGCUAGUCAUAUUGUACGUCGGGCUUCCUACUUCUCCAACUCUACUGACAUUUCUUGAUAGCGUCCACGCCCUUUUGCAACGUCAAUACACGAUCGUACGAACAUCGCUUCUUGGAUCUAGUAUCGUGAAUAUACUCCUUGUUCUAGGCCUUUCCAUCGUAGCCGGAGAAACCCGCGAACGGGGUCAGAUGUACAACGUUGUUGCAACACGAAUAGCAGCAGGCAUGUUGUGUCUCACUUCAAUCAGUUUGAUAGUGCCAUCGACUCUCAGAUUCUCCUCCGAUGCAGCCACCCAGACUCACGAUGUCCUCGAAAUCAGCCGCGCGAUAUCAGUAGUCCUCGUAUUCAUCUACUUUGGCUACCUUUGGAUACAAACAGCUUCUCCCCGCUUCUCAUACAAGCCUCUCGCAGAACCACACAAAGAGGCAUGCGCUCCCGAAAUGGUCGAGAGCACUGAGCUCCACGUGCCUCGAGAUUGUAGAUCUACUUACACCCAGCCCCAUGACCCAUUGAUUCCAACUCUAGAACUCGGCUCGGAACUUGCUCUCACACUCAAAAGUACACCCGCGAAACGCGCGUCAUGGCUUCGUAAAGCAACUCCACUGUUCCUCCUGAUUGUUUCCACGGCCCUGAUAUUCAUAUGCGGAGAGGUCCUCGUCAGCAGCGUCGACCACGUCGUGGACAACUCCCCAAUCUCCAAGACAAUGGUCGGUUUAGUAAUUCUACCCAUUGUAGGUAAUGCCGCGGAACUGAUCAGUGGCGUUAUGUUUGCGUUGCGCGGACAAAUGGAUCUCGCGUUUGCUGUGGCCAUUGGCAGUGCGGUGCAGAUUGCGAUGUUUGUGACGCCGCUUGUUGUGUUGUUGGGAUGGGGGCUUGGAAGGGAGAUGGGCUUUUGUUUUACGGGUUUUGAGCGUGGGGUUUUUGGUGGAAGUGUAGUGUUGUUCUUAGUGAUGGGGGUUGGAAGGAGGUGUGGGAUGGUGAAGGGUGGAUUGUUGUUGGCUGGGUAUAUUGUUAUUGGGUAUAUGGCAAUGCUUACUUAG